GGCCGACGAAUGUGGCUACCUCAGUGGCUACUAUAUUAUGAUUCUCUUUGGCGGCUACUACCUAUCUGUUUUUGUAAAUUGAACUUUAUUUUAAUGUUUGGUUUGGUUGUAAAAAGCAGUAAGAAACAUUGUCAACAUGCCUCGGUUAUGCUAUUUGCGAUGUUUGCUCGACACCCACCUUCCUAUUAGUUUAGUACAUAACGUAGAAAUAAUAAUAGGGCGCAAUAAAUUGACCAAAAUUAAAGAUCAAGCUUGUUCACGCCAACAACUAAGUUUAAAAGCCAAUUGUAAAGAAUGUUUUGUUGAAAUUAAACAAUUGGGUGUAAAUCCUUCGGGUUUGGAUGGCUUUGCUUUGAAGAAGGAUCUGGUGUAUAAAGUAAAACAUGGCUCUAGAAUAGAAGUGCUGUUAAACCAUCACACCCACAUAGUUGAAUUCGAUCCACCUCCUGGAGACCACAUAAAUACUGAACCUCAAAUAACAGCAAAGAGAAAGUUGGAGGAGGAUGAUUAUGCAAACCAAAAAAGGAAGUCAUUAAAAGUGGACAUGCAAGAAUUAUCAUCCCAACCAGCCAUGGAAGAUGUUUGGGAUGACGUUGAUAAAGAUGAACUAUACGUCUUUACACCAAAGGGAGUGAAGGCAAGUAGUAAAAUAGCAGCCUUUGACAUGGAUGGUACUCUAAUAAAAACAAAAUCGGGUAAAGUACAUCCAGUAGAUACUAAUGACUGGCAAAUAGCAUUCCCUGAAGUGCCACGGAAACUUAAAGAAUAUUUAGACAAGAAAUAUAAAAUUGUGAUACUCAGUAAUCAAGCCCCAAUUGGUAAUGGUCGAGUGAAGAUUGAAGAUUUCAAAAAAAAGAUAGAAGCGAUUCUUGCAAAGCUAAAUAUCCCAAUUCAAGUUUACAUUUCUACAGGAAGAGGGUUUUAUAGGAAGCCUACAACGGGGAUGUGGAAGGUGUUGUCGGAACAGAAAAACGAUGGUAUAAAAAUAGACAUGAGUGAAAGUUUUUACUGUGGCGAUGCUGCUGGCAGGAUUGCUAAUUGGGCUCCAGGAAAGAAAAAAGACCAUUCCAUGGCUGACAAACUUAUGGCUGAAAAUCUAAACCUCAAGUUUUAUACGCCUGAACAGUUUUUCCUGGGACAUUCUGUAGCAAAUGUUAUAAUGAAGAAGCCAGAUUUUAUUCCCAGUGAAAUUACGCCAAAUAAAUUUGAUGACAAUUUGAUAAGUGACAAAAAAGAAAUUCUUGUUCUCGUAGGCUAUCCAGGAAGCGGAAAAUCAUUUUUAGCCAAACAAAUCGAGAAAAAAUCCGGUCAUAAAUAUGUGGCGGUUUGUAGAGAUGUUUUGGGUUCGUGGCAAAAAUGUGCUGCAGAAGCAACUAAGUUGUUGCAGCAAGGUAAAAGCGUCGUAGUGGAUAGUACGAAUCCCGAUAAAGAGUCUCGUGCUCGCUGGACGGGUCUCGCAAAAGAUAUGAAAGUAGAAUGUCGCUGCGCCGUGAUGUUGACUACUAAAGAACACGCAAAACAUAACAACAAGUUUAGAGAAUUAAUGAAAAUGAACCACAUCCCUGUAAAUGAAAUAGUGUUUCACACUUAUAAAAACAAAUUCGUCGAACCAACACCAAGUGAAGGUUUUAAUGAAGUGAUUCAAGUAAAAUUCAACCCAUUCUUUGAAAAUGAAGAGGCAGAAAAAUUAUAUAGAAUGCAUUUGUUAGAAAAAUAAGAUUUCGGGUCAAAAAUAAAACGAAUGUGAUAGAAA